AUGCAAAUCCUUUGCGGAGGUGUUGAUUUUCCACCUCUCAGUGCACUCUAUCAGACCAACCAAAUGGUUUGCGAUAAAGCCGACACUGAAAAGCUACCGAUAACUCCAUCUCCCUCCCAUUUCCUCUCUCCCUCUCUCUCUAGCGCCCUCUGCCGCUCUGCCAACUGUCGAGAUCUGCCUCCUCAGCGCUACUGUCUAGGGAAAGUGCAAUCAGAAGGCAUUACAGAAUCCCCCAAGUCGAUCAAAAUUCUUGUCAUGGCGAGACUGGAAACGGUCUCACGAUGCUAUCACAAAGCUUAUCUUUUAGCUGAUCUGAGCUGCCUCCUCAUCAACCACUCCCACAUUUCCUCUCUCUUUUUCUCCGAUCCCUACGGACCUUUUGACAAUGGAUUGUGA